CUUUCACUUCAGCGCGAGUGUAUUUCUGUCCACGUUGGUCAAGCCGGAGUUCAAAUUGGAAAUGCUUGUUGGGAGCUAUACUGCUUGGAGCAUGGAAUUCAGCCUGAUGGUCAGAUGCCGAGCGACAAAACCAUCGGCGGAGGAGAUGAUUCCUUCAACACUUUCUUCAGUGAAACUGGAGCGGGAAAACAUGUUCCUCGCGCUGUGUUUGUUGAUUUGGAACCCACAGUUGUUGGUACGCGUGCAGUGUGUCCUCGAAAGUUUCAUAUGUUUUCUGAAAAUACUUUCAAAAUUUUAGCCUUAGGUUAAUUCAGUGAUAUUUUGAAAUAGAGAUCCACUUUAAGAGGUCAAGUGCCUUUCAUUGCCACCGAGUUUUUGCUGUUGACAGCUGUUGCUAUGGCCGAUUUGUUGCGAAACCUAAGCAACAACAGUAAACAAACAGACCGGUGGACCGUUAUACACUGUUUCUAAGAACAGCUAAUGUGGAAAUUUCUCAAGUGAUUUUCUUAUCUAAGUGAAGAAAACUAAUAAACAUCCUAUAAAUUUUUUUCUUACAGAUGAGGUGCGCACAGGUACCUACAGACAGCUGUUUCACCCAGAACAGUUGAUAACCGGCAAAGAAGACGCCGCUAACAACUAUGCUCGCGGGCAUUACACUGUUGGAAAGGAGCUCAUUGAUAUUGUUUUGGACAGGAUCAGAAAACUGGUUAGUGAACUAUAAAGGCCAUUUUCCGUCAGUCUCAUCACAAGCUGUUGUAUGAAAGUUAGUAAUCCUUCUCACCUUUGUUCACUUAAACAGGCAGAUCAAUGCACUGGAUUGCAAGGAUUCCUUAUCUUCCACUCCUUUGGUGGAGGUACUGGUUCUGGUUUUACAUCUCUUCUCAUGGAGCGUCUGUCUGUUGACUAUGGCAAGAAAUCUAAAUUGGAGUUCUCUAUCUACCCAGCACCUCAGAUUUCAACAGCAGUGGUUGAACCUUACAACUCCAUUCUGACCACUCACACCACCUUGGAACAUUCUGACUGUGCCUUUAUGGUGGAUAAUGAAGCCAUUUAUGACAUCUGCCGUCGUAACUUGGACAUAGAAAGACCAACUUACACCAACCUGAACCGUCUGAUUGGUCAGAUCGUAUCCUCCAUUACUGCUUCACUGCGCUUUGAUGGUGCACUGAAUGUCGACUUGACUGAAUUCCAGGUAGCUAUAACU